AUGAGCAGUUUCCUAGACUACUCUGUGAUGAGCGGGGACGCCGGUUCGUGCUCGGUCCGGGCCUUCCACUCAGAACACGGGAUUACGAGUUUCCAGUCCUGCGCCGUGAGCGUCAACACCUGUGGGGCAGGUGAGCGCUUCAUGGGAAGCCGAGCAUCACCUCCAGACGGGAUCCCUCCGCCUCAAGCGGGAUCGUACCAGUCUCUGGGUGUCAGCUACGGGGCGUGCACCUCUGGCUAUGAGCCGCAAACUUUUUACAAUCACUACGCCCUCAAUCAGGAAGUGGAAGGGUUCCCACAGUGUGGCCCGUUGGUUUACUCGGGUAACAUUACUUCCUCUGUGGUAGCUCAUCAUCGCCAGAGUUACACCACAGCAGCGGGAACAGCGCCCUUGGGUCAGCUGCAGUACGCGCACGCGGCCUACGGAGGAGGGCACGAGCAGGGCAACGGCGCAGUCUCCGCACAGACCUUCGACUGGAUGAAAGUGAAGAGGAACCCGCCCAAAACAGGACGGUCCGGAGAGUAUGGUUACGGAGGGCAGCCCAACACCGUGCGCACUAACUUCACCACCAAACAGCUGACGGAGCUGGAGAAGGAGUUCCACUUCAACAAGUACCUGACCCGGGCGCGGCGCGUGGAAAUUGCCGCUGCUCUUCAGCUGAACGAGACUCAAGUCAAAAUCUGGUUCCAGAACCGGAGGAUGAAGCAGAAAAAGCGGGAGAAAGAGGGGCUCCUUCCCGCCAAACCCUCGCCUUCCAGUGACCUGCCGGAGAGCGGUCAGGACAGAACGGACGACGCUGCAUCAGACAAGUCUCUGUCCGCACCCUCCCCGCCGUCUCCUUCGUCCUCCACCGGCUCCUCUGCUGGGGCUGACCCCUACUCCUCAAACUAA